AUUCCUCUCUACUCUUCGUAACCCCUCCUAUAAAACCCCAAACGAACCCAUUCUAUUUCUCAGCUUGGACGUUCCCUUCUCAGAGAACAACAAGCUUUACUCUCCUCUCAUCUCUAUUCCUCUUUCCUUCCAUUUUUUCAUUCUAAUUUUAUCUCUGUCUUUUAAUUAAUCCCAUUUCAGUCCCAAAUCUCAAAUAUGCAAUCUCUUUCUCCAUCUUCGGGUAUUAGUCUCAAGUCCCUAACUCGGACUCCUACGUUCCGAGUUGACCCGUAUCGAAUCCUCCUUGUUCGAUGCGUCAACCGAGUCGAUUCAACCAAUACUAACUCGUCCAACGCCAAUUUCCAAAUCGGGCGUGGCUUCGGCAAGAGCCGGGCCGACUGGCAAAGCACGUGCGCCAUUCUGGCCAGCAAAGUCGUGUCGCAGCAACAAGACACGGAGAAGAGCGGCAACGCCGACAACAUCACCGCCGUUAACGGCCACAAAACCCUAGAUCUCGUCCCGAUUGACAAUCUCCCGAAGCCGCUCUCCAUCACCGAUCUUUCUCCGGCGCCGAUGCACGGCUCCACGCUACGCGUCGCCUACCAGGGCGUCCCCGGCGCGUAUAGCGAGGCGGCUGCUGGAAAAGCUUAUCCCAACUGUGAACCCAUUCCUUGUGAUCAGUUCGAAGUUGCAUUCCAAGCAGUCGAGCUCUGGAUCGCCGACCGCGCGGUGUUGCCCGUCGAGAAUUCCCUCGGCGGAAGCAUCCACCGUAACUACGACCUCCUCCUCCGCCACCGCCUCCACAUCGUCGGCGAAGUCCAGCUUCCCGUCCACCAUUGCCUCUUAGCUCUCCCGGGGGUCCGGAAAGACUACCUGACCCGCGUCAUCAGCCAUCCCCAGGCCUUGGCUCAGUGCGAGCACACACUCAACAAACUCGGCCUCAAAGUCGCCAUCGAGGCAGUGGACGACACCGCGGCGGCGGCGGAAUACAUCGCAGCCAACAACCUACGCGACACGGCGGCGAUCGCUUCGGCACGCGCCGCCGGACUGUACGGACUCCAGAUCCUGGCGGACGGGAUCCAGGACGAUUCCAGCAACGUGACUCGGUUCGUGAUGCUUGCUCGGGAGCCGAUCAUACCACUGACUGACCGGCCGUUCAAGACGAGCAUAGUGUUCGCGCACGAGAAGGGGACAUCGGUGCUGUUCAAGGUGUUGUCGGCGUUCGCUUUCAGGAAUAUAAGCUUGACGAAGAUAGAGAGCCGACCUCACCGGAACCGUCCGAUCAGGCUGGUCGACGACGCGAACGUCGGGACGGCGAAGCACUUCGAGUACAUGUUCUACGUCGACUUCGAAGCAUCCAUGGCGGAGGUUAGGGCACAGAACGCGCUGGCGGAGGUUCAGGAGUUCACGUCCUUCUUGAGGGUGUUGGGAAGUUAUCCUAUGGACAUGACGCCUUGGUGUCCCUCCAGGGGAGAUUAACAAAACGCAUGAGAAAUUGAAAUCAAUUAAAAUUCUCUUUUUCUUUUUAUUUUAAUUUUUUUACUUUGAAAUUAUUAAAAAUUCAUGAUGAAACAAGCAAAAUUGUUGGGUAAAUAUAUGUAGAUGAUGAUAUAUUUCAUCACUUGUAAGAAGGUUGUGAAUAUCAUUACCAACCAACCAAUCUCGUGUAUGUUAACGUUUGAGACAUUGAAGAAAGGAACAACAAACAAAAAUACCUGUGUUUUGGGUAUUAUUUUCA